AUGGUUAAUUCUCAUGUUCAUCAAGAAGUUGAGCUUCCAUCCGAUGGAGUCGAAGCAGUUAUCAAAAAUGAGGAAUCAUCUCAUACCCGUCCUCUGGGCCUAAUGGAUCUACCCAUCGACAUAUUUAACCAGAUACUCGAAACACUUGAUUCCAUAGCCAAGCAAGAAACUAGAGAAAUUUACGACCAAAAUUACAAAAGUAGGGUGGAGAUCGCAGGACCUGCUGAUCAGAAGCGAUAUAACACUUACUUACAUCAAAACUCACCAAUCUUGAACAGUUUUCAAGCAUUUGCAAUCACUUCACCUGAGAUAUAUCAACAUUGUCAACCAAGACUAUGGCAAUUUCCUAGUUCUCUUCCAGCACCAAUAGACCUAUGGACCAACGACCUUCUUGUCAGACAAGGCUCCCAUGUUCAAUCUCUAUCGCUCAAUCUCUCAGAGAACUGCAGCAAACCUCCUGGUGAAUUCAUAGAGCAUCAUCCGUCAUACGAUAAUCUCAGUUUUCAGAAUUAUAUGGGUGCAAGAACUGCAUGUGUCUCCCCAAAGACUGUUAAAGACUUGAUAGAGUCUUGCCCUAACCUUUCUUCGAUGAACAUCGAAUACUAUGAAGGUGGAACCGAAGCUUUUCUAUCAAACUUGAUUCCAUCUUUAUCUAAUCUUAAAAACUUUCGGCAUCUGAAAUUCAAGGAUGGCAAUCUUGACGCAUGCAUGAAAGAGUUUCCAUCAAAACUUGCUGACGGUUUACCUUUACUUGAAUCACUUGAUUUUAUGGGUUUCAGAGGAUUUGGAGAUGAUGGAAAAAUAGGCGAUGGCUCUUUUGGAUCUCAUCUAUCUAAGCUGAAACAUCUAUCGCAAUUACAUCUAUCUCAUAUUAGCGAUCUAAAUGAAAGCUGGUGUGUUUACGAGUGGCCAAGGACGAUCACUGACCUUGCAAUUGAUCAUUGUGGUCAUUUCUCGCCGAUUUCGGCAUAUCUACUUGUCCAUUCCAUUGCUCCUGAAGUUAAAAAGCUUGCACUUCGAUUUGUCCAAAGGAAUGAUGAAGAGUGCUGGAAAAUCGAUCCUAUCGGUGAUCACCAAUGUCGGUUCUCCCUUCCAUUUCUGACUGACUUGGAGCUUUCUACGAAAAACCCAAACUCAUUGCGCAGCUUCCAAGACUGUAUUUCAAUAACCAACCUUCGAUGGGACUAUAGGACAUCAGCACACUGUCAAACAUUGAAUGACAUCCUAUUUCAAGCUACAUGGCCUCAUCUCAAGAAACUGAUGGUGGUGGAUCAUACGUGGAUAUUCGGUGCGAAUAUAAGACUUGAACCUCAAGCAUGUGACAGCUUAAUAGAUUCACUGGAGAAACACUGCAAGAGACUUGGUAGUCCGGUUCCAUUGUGUAGUAGAUACAUAGAUCAAGAAAUGACUCAAAUAUUACUUUUAUUAUCAUGCUGGUCUGAUCUUUCUGAUACUUGA